AACAAACGCACGUGCGCGCAACAAACCGGUCCCACACUGGAUUACACCAAUUCCAACGUACCUUCAGCAGGCAUGUAGUAGUGGUAAUAAUAACUGUUUUUGGAUUUUGUAGCCGUUUAUCGAUCCAACCACGCAAGCUGUCAAAAAUUUUCACUCCCGUCUCGCGAAGCUUUGUUUUUGUUUGCGUGGUUGUGAUUGUCUACAAGAAAUUAGCCAAUUUAAAAAAGGGGUUUGUGAAUCUCGUGAACAAUGUCGUUCCAUCGACGAUGUGGCAAGCGGAUUCUGCUGGCCAACAAUAAUCGAAUGGCUAUGCGGAAUAUCAGCGAAUUCAACCACGGGCUAGUGCUGAGUGCGGAGCCACUCCAGGAUGAUGUCCUGUUUGAAGUGCGGAUCGAUGAGAAGAUACACGCCUGGAGUGGGAGCAUCGAAAUUGGAGUGACGACUGUCAAUCCGGAAACGACGGAACUGCCUCCGUGCGCAACUAAGUUGCGGAACGGCACAUGGGUUAUGUCUGGGAUUUCGGUGCUCAAGGAUGGUCUCUCGCUGAUGGAGUAUUAUGGGUCUGAUCUGGACAAACUUGGCGAGGGGGAUCGUGUCGGAGUGCUGCGAACGGCUCAGGGGGAAUUGAUCUUCUACGUGAAUGGUGAGUCACAGGGUGUGGCUGCGGUUGACAUUCCGAAAAAUGUUCAUGCGUUAGUUAAUCUGUACGGAAAAUGUGUACAGGUUUCAAUCUGUCCUUCGGACAGCUUGGAAUACAGCAACGAAAGUACUCAAAUUUCGCAGAACAUUGAUAUUGCAAUGUCGGUAGAAAUGUCCGUCAGUUCUACUGCGAACGGAGGUGGCCCCUCCGGUUCGGGAGCGGGACCAGAUGGAAUUGAUCCGAACGAUAAGUUGAGAUUUCAUACCCGUUGUGGAUCUCUGGUGAAGUUGAGCUUGAAUUGCCGUACCGCGGAAAGACGUCGGCCAUUGGAUGAGUUUAACAAUGGAGUCGUUAUGACUCAUCGACCGCUGCGAGAUAAUGAACUGUUCGAAAUACGUAUCGAUCGGCUGGUGGAUAAAUGGUCCGGUUCAAUAGAAGUGGGUGUUACAACACAUUGUCCUUCGGCUCUGCAGUUUCCAGCUACUAUGACCAACUUACGCAGUGGCACAAUCAUGAUGUCUGGCUGUGGUAUUCUUACCAAUGGAAAGGGAACCCGGCGGGAAUAUGGAGAGUUCAAUUUGGAUGAGUUACGUGAAGGCGAUCGGGUUGGCAUGAUGCGUAAAUCCAAUGGCAAUCUACAUUAUUAUAUCAACGGUCGUGACCAGGGAGUAGCUGCAACUAGAGUAUCUCAGACUCUCUGGGGAGUCAUCGAUCUAUACGGAAUGACGAUCAAAGUUACGAUUGUGGAUCGAGAUGAACGGGAGCAACAAAAUUUGGUCACUAGACGCAACAAUUUGAUGAGCUUACCGGUUGCAGAGCAAGAAUUGAUUCCACCAAGCCCCGAGAUCGAUUACAUUCAAACAGAUAGGCUUCUGUUCCAUCCCAUCUGUGGAUCCCACGCAAGUGUUACCCACAGCGGAAGAACCGCUUUGCGUCCAAACGCGUCGGAUGAUUUCAAUAAUGGAGUGGUUUUAACCAGACGAGCACUUCGACCGAAUGAAAUGUUUCAAGUUCGUCUGGAGAGAGUGGUUACCAAGUGGGCCGGAUCGAUAGAAAUGGGAGUUACCACGCACGGUCCAACGGAGCUGGAUUUUCCCUUCACCAUGACCAAUGUGCGGUCCGGGACAUGGAUGAUGACCGGAAAUGGCGUGAUGCACAAUGGAAUGACCGUCAUUGAACAGUAUGGACAAAAUCUAGAUCGCCUGCAGGUCGGAGAUCGGGUGGGUGUGGUUCGCAAGGAUGAUGGGACGUUACAUUUUUGGGUUAACGGUGUAGAUCAAGGUCCGGCAGCCUCCAAUGUCCCGGAGAAGGUUUACGGUGUGAUUGAUCUGUAUGGGCAGGCGGCUCAGGCAAGCAUUGUCGACACUUCGGAAUGUGGAACCCCUGACACUGGUAAUUCAACCAUUUCGAAUACUACUCUGUUCAGCAAUGAACCGAAACUUAAGUUCCACUCGGUUCAUGGAAAGAAUGCACGAAUCUCCAAUGGUGGAUUGACCGCGUGUCGGCCCAAAGCGUUAGCGGAGUUCAAUGACUCGAUUGUGUUCAGCAACAGACCGCUAAGACAGCGUGAAUUAUUCGAAAUCAUUCUGGAAACUGUAGUGGAUCAAUGGAAUGGAAGCAUCGAGAUUGGAGUCACGGGCAUUCGACCGGACGAACUGAGCUUACCGAGCACUGCAACGGAUCUGGAACACGAUACCAUUAUGAUCUCCGGGACCACCUUGAUGCGUAAUGGUGUAACCAUUCGCAACGAUUUGCCGUUCGAUUUGGAUACCCUCACCGCCGGAUCCCGGGUGGGAGUUAUGCGAAACGGAGAUAACAUCCAUUUCUUCAUCAACGGAAUCGAUCAGGGUCCGUAUUAUGAGUGCAAAGCUCCGAAUCUGUUCGCUGUGAUCGAUCUCUACGGUCAGUGCGCACAAGUCAGCAUCACAACGCCACAACCGGACAUUCGAGCCCCGUACGCAAUAAGUGAGAACUCGCAGAGCUUACAGGCAACUUCGGUCAUCCAACCGGCCCUGGAAUCGAAGCACCGCUGGUCGUGUAUUUCAGGCAAUGUCACCUUGAUGCAAAACUGGACGCUGGCUUCUCGCUGCACGAAUGCGGCCCUCUCGCAUUGUCUGGUCUUCUCGGAGCGACCGUUGGUAGUCGGGGAAACAUUCGAGAUAAAAAUUACCGAAAUAAAUCCCCUUUACGCGGGCAGCUUGAAAGUUGGAGUGACGGAUUUGAAUCUCUCGGAUGAGCAUGUUAGAAAGAACAUUCCCAUCAGUAUGAAACGCAUUCCGGCUAAUGUUUGGUACGUCAGUGGAAACGAGGUGCGUUACAAUUCUACACUGCUCCAGAAAUCUCUCGCCUCGCUGGACUGGCUGAGAGUUGGUGAUCGCAUCGCAAUAGAACUGACAGCCUCUCGGACGCUCAAAAUCCUACUAAAUUCAGAAGAUAUGAAUAUAUCCUUUCAAAACGUUUCGGAAGAUAGUUUUGCCGUGGUAGAGCUGCUGGGAUCUACGAUGGCCGUUCAGGUUAUCUCUUCCCAAGGACCUUCGUCACCUCUGCGACCUUGCAGCCUACGUUUGCAGGAUUCACUCGAGCUAGGUUUGGACCCUCUCAACAAGCAGGACUCAAUGCUCGAGUCAAUUGACUCUGAUAGUCUGUCGUUCGAGUUUUCGGAAUGUCACGGUAAAAACAUCCAGCUGUUCGAGGACAAGAAGACCGCCUCGCGCGUUCAGUCCUACCAUCAGGGAGUUGUUUGUCUGUCCAAACCGAUCUGCAAAGGACACAGCAUGAGUAUCAAAAUCAACCAAAUCAACCCCAAGUGGAAGGGUACAAUUGCCGUUGGCGUGCUUGGCGUUUGUCCCGGGACGCAUCAGUUCCCAUUCCCAACAUCGGCCAUCCUGUUCCGGAGACCUUGUUGGAUCGCCACCCAUGAUUACAUCAAUAUAAACGGAAACAAAACUCAGUCGAAGUACGCGGAGAUCUUCGAACAGAUCCAAGUUGGCACCGUCAUUACUCUGACGCUUAGUCACGCAGGAAACUUGGGAAUCACAUUCGGUCAAACGCAGCUGGACGAUUUGGCUAUUGGGUUGCCCCAUCAUGUCUAUCCUGUGUUCGAUCUGUAUGGCAAGUGUGAAAAAAUAUCCAUCGUCAACGGUGAUCCGAAAAACGCAAGUCCCAUCAAUGAAGAGUUGGCGGUGAUGCCUUCCGGAUCCACUGGUGUCGGUGCUGCCGGACCAUCGUCAGCCGACGUGGAGAAUGUUCCCCAAUGCGAGAAGGCGGACUUGGAAGUUCAUGAGAAGGAGACCGAUAUUGCUUGUGUUUCGAAUCCUGGAUCUUCUUCGAUGAGUCGCUCAGUGAUGGAUAGUGUCUCCGAGAAUCUGUUGAUGAACAUAUCGAUUAAAAAUCGCACAGCCAAUGAAGCUAGGACUCAGGACUUCACAAAUUCAUGUUGUCUGCGAGAUUCACUUCAGCUGCAGCAUUCGACGAAUCUCAACAUUCAGCGAAGCCAGAGCACACACCGAUUCAACGCUCUUCAGGGCAGCUUCGACAGCAAUCGUGGUGGGGAGCUCUCCCAGUCCGUGAACUUUGAUGAAGGCUUCGAAGAUUAUCGCUCGAAUCCAGCCAGCCUUCAACCAACUAUCGCCAACUCUCAGGCUACGGUCAAUCAAGAGAACAACACUGACCCAAACUAUUUGGAGGAUGUGGACAGCAACAUAGAUUUCAGCAUCCAGCUUAACGAAUCCGAAGUGGACGAAGAUAGUAACACGAUUGCUAAUAAUCGUGCCAAACUGGGGCUAUCAUUGCAACCCUCUUGCUCGACAGCACCAGAGCGUAGCUCACCCACUCAAACGCUAUUGUCAAACACUUUGAGCGGUGCGACCAAUGCCGCAAAUCAUCAUCGUUCGUCGAACAUAGUCGAAGUCGUCGAGGAUCACAUACGAUCCUCGCGAGCCAAUUCGAUUUCAUCAUCAUCGGUGCUGAGUGUGAUGGAAAAUAAAGACUGUGAAUAUCUUAAGCUUGUAAUGGGUUUCAAGCGUACGCUCAUGCUGCCGGAUGUUUUCUUCACCGGUGACAGUUUCGCGUGCUUUUGCGACGGCUGCGUUCCAUCACUGCACAACUCAGCCGUCAAGGGGUGGGCAAGAUUCAAAAUAAAUCCACAAACACUGAGCAGCUCUUGUGCUACAAACACCAGCGAGGAUUCUGUUUGGACCACUGUUUAUUACAACGCAAGAGUGGAGAAAAUUCGAUCGGUUCUAGAUCAUGGACAACCGUUGCCCAUAGAAUCUUGUCAGUUUAUUCCGGAGGGCACUACCGUUGGUGACGAUUUUGUUCCGGGCACACACAUCCUGCUGCAAUCAGCGCCCGAUCCAAGUGAACGCUCGCAGCGAUCAUCAUUCCACCGGUAUAUGGCAAACAACAUUUGCUACCGCAUUUGUGCUACAUUCGAGGUGCGGGUACGCGCCCAAGCAUUAUCAAACAUUGGAUUUGGAGAGGGCACAAGUGCGACGAACGAAACUGGUCCUUCGUCCAUUGGUUCGUAUGUACUGCGCUAUUGGACGACGAAGGAAGCCGAUGCAUGUGUAUUAACCGCUUUGAUGGUUUUACUCACCCCAGCAUAAAUUAGGCGGGACUCAUAUUGACCAGAUGUAUGUUAAUAAAUAUUGAGACAUCUAGCUUUCAAUGUUAUAGCAAUCA